UAGAACAAAAACAGAAUUCCAAUUAACGUUGCUAGUGAAUCCCAGUAAAAUAAUUCCAUAAUUCCAUAACCAAUAAAACUUACGUACGAAUCAAUUUGUUAUAAAUAAACCACCAGCAUUAAUUGCAGUGUUUAUUAUUAAAAGAUAUGGUCCAACACGAUUACGGAAAGCUGACCAUAAACGUGAUCAGAUUUCUUAUUAAUUAUGUAGUGAGGUUUGUAUUUGCGUCGAUUACGUUAUACUGCAGUUGGAUGCCACUCCAAGACCUUACCGAUUGGUUUUCCUAUCAUGUGAUAUUUUGUACGAUUGGGCUUAUGCCCUUAACAGCGGAAGCGCUGAUGUUAUUCGCUGGUGAUGAACUGUGGAGCAAACAGUUGAGUAGGACAGAGAAGUAUGGAGUCCAUGGUGUUUUGGCCACCAUAGGGAUUUUAUGCCUAAUCGUAGGGAAUCUACCUGGAAUUUAUUACAUAAAACCAGGAUUUCCCUUGUAUACAGUGCAUGGAAUAACAGGUCUGGUAUCGAUGGUAAUUCUGACCCUGUCUAUAUUUUUGGGUCUGUCAGUGAAUUACUCUCAAGAAAUGAAAAACUUUUGUUCUCUGAAGCCAGUUUGCUACAAACUUAUACACAAUGUGACAGGAUUGACAGGUUAUGCUGUAGGAAUUGCCAGUUUAUGUUACGCUUACUACACAGAUUGGUUUAUUUUGUAUAAUGGAGACAUAUCCAGGAUGACGGCACUCAUAGUAACCAUACUGGCUUCAUUGUGGUCUGUAAAUAAAGCAUUGGUGUCAUUGUAUGGUCAAAUAAAGUCUGUGAUUUUUUAA